AUGGCCGGCGAGUGGGACAUCAACGACGCGCAUAUUCCCUUCAUGCAGGAACUAGUGUACGAGAAGUUCAACGAGUGGGCCGACGGACACGUGCGACACGUGUACUACCCGUCGGACGAUCACGCACGCAAGCACAUCUCAGGCUGGGCGAUGCGCAACACCAACAACCACAACGUGAGCAUCCUGAAGAAGAGCUGCCUGGGUGUGUUGAUCUGUACGGCUCGCUGCAAGCUACCAAACGGUGGUCAAAUAAACCUGCGACCUGCCAUCUGUGAUAAGGCACGACGAAAGCAACAAGGCCGGGCCUGCCCAAACCGACACUGCAAAGCAGGCCGGCUGGAGGUGUUACCGUGCCGUGGCCACUGUGGCUACCCCGUGACACACUACUGGCGCCACACGGAGAAAGCUAUCUUCUUCCAAGCGAAAGGUAGCCACGAUCACCCUAAACCAGAGUCGAAAACGUCCGGUGAAACGAGGAAGCUGAUCGGGGCGGUUGGCAGUGGAGCUAAAGGAAGUGCAGUUAAGGGCAAGAAGCUCUCCGUACUGCUGCUGAGAGACGCUGCGCUAGGCAAUAAGCUGAUGUCCCUCAAGACUUCAAGUAAGCCACUGAGUUCUACAGGAUCAGAAAUCCAACUCCAACCACCUCCGUUGAUACCUGAUCCCAGUUACGGUGAUGCCUCGAAGUGUUCCAUCUGCACACGAACACCCUGCGUUUGUCGGACAAAACUCGGUGCUCAAACGUUACCGACGUCCUCCAUGGUGCGAUCUACCGAGAGUAAUGGGUCGUACUUCGACAGCUCCAUACCACAUCAGACGUCCAUGCAAACGCACCUCCUGACGCACUCCCAUUCGGGACCCGUUUGGCCAGGCUUCGACCCGUCUGGAGUGGAGUCCUUCUCCCCAUCUACGGGCUACGAUUCGAGCGGUACUGGAAAUGGAUCCUGCAGCUCUGGGCUAGUAAAUGAGUGCUUCCAUCCGGAGGAAAUCUUCCAACUCGACCAACCCCUCCGGCAACAGCAGCAGCAACAACAGAACGGUCAGAUGACGACAAACACUCCAACCACGCUGCUUGAUCUCGGAAGUGGAGCUAUCUACAAGAAAUGCAACCAAAUCAGUCCGGAGUACAUCUUUGGGGCAUCAGCAGCGAGUAAUGGCACCGGAGAGGUGUUGACUGGAGCGUAUCACACCACAAACCCGCCAUGCUCGUUUGGGACUCCAGCGAACGAUACUUGCCCCGGAUCGGUGACGUCUGAUCAUCAUCAUCAUCAUCAUCACCAUCUUGGAGGUGCGACAACAGGUGGCAAGUACUUCGCAAGUGAUACUACUUAUGGCGUCCACCCGCAUGAUGAGACUGCCUCCAAGGAUCUACUGAGGUACAUCAAGAAGGAGGCCAUUUCCAUGGGUAGAACAACGUCAGGAGAUGGGCUUGCAAACGUGCCACGGUCGCGACAGUACGAUUGCGAACAGAACCAGUUCAAAAAGUCAGCCUACACCGGCCGUGGGGCGUCCUCGGUAGGUAGUUGCUUUGGUAGCAAUGUAAUCAACAACAACAACAGCAGCAGCAUCGCUAAUAACAACAGUAUCAGCUCGGUGGCGGUGGAACCACCGGGUAAACAGACCAAUUACGAUCAGAUCGCGAACGAACCAAGCGUCAAUUACGGCUAUCACUCGGACCUGGGGACAUCCCUCACCAGCCAUACCACCAACGCGGCCGGGUUUGAUGAGCAGACGUACAGUACGGGCAGCUGUUACAUGAACAACACUCCGGGGAUUGGAUCCUCCCAUCCAUCGGAGGUGCAAUACUCCUCCACGACUGUAGCGGCGGCGGCAGCAGCGGUCUAUGCUGCCGGUGAUAAUUACCGGUAUGGGAGUAGCUACGGCAAAGGAUCGUCACUCGGGUCCAUGCAUGGAGGCGCACCGUAUCAAAGCACACCAGUGCAACAGAUGCAUCCGGAGAUGCCACUAGCGGCGUACGAUUUUUAUUAG